CCAACAUUAGCCAUACAUUUAAAUAACCUCUGUUUGGUGCUUCGAGAUCUCAGACAGUAUGAAGAAGCCAAGAAAUGCAUGAAAAGAGCAGUUGCUAUUGACAAAUGUAUAUAUGGUGACAACCAUCCAACAUUAUCCACACAUCUUAAUAACCUCAAAUUAGUGCUUCCAGUUCCCAAGCUUACUUUGAUGUGUCUGAAUGUUCUCUGUACGGAAUGCAAGAAAUACAUGGAAAGGGUAUUUURUACUAGUGGCGAAGGCAUAUCUAUUGACAACUAUCCUACACCAACCACUUUUUCAAAGAGUUUCCAUAAGCAGCUUGGAGAUGUCGGAAAGUGUGAGGAAAAGGUAACUAUUGACAAGCGUAGAUCUGAUAGAAACCAGGCAGAGUUGGCAGCAAUUUUGAAGAAGCUCGGUUUGGUGCUCCAAGAUCUAACACAGGGUGACGAAGGAAAGACAAGAAUAGAAAGGGUAGUGUCUAUUGACAGAAAUAUGUUUGCAGACAACCAUCCAGAGUUAGUUGAAAACGGCAACAAGCUUGGUAUGGUGAUUCAAGGUCUCAGACAGUUUGAGGAAAUAAAGAAAUUGAUGGAAAAUAUAGUUAGUACUAUUGAUGAUAGUAAAUUAUUUGACGAAAACCAUCCAGAYCAUAAAAAACAUUUAGAAAAUCUUCAGAAUCUACGGACGGAAAUUAAUAACAUUGUUGGGAUCGACCUAGCUGUAUACACGAAAGCGCAGCAGUUUUCCUGGCCACAAGGAGAAAGAUUGCACGAACAUGUUGACGAAGACCAAAUUGCUGAGGAAAGAGACCCUCAAGAAAACCAAGAACCUAUUGAAAGAAAAACCAAGUAUCAGAUUAGAAACUCAAUCGAGGAAGCUCGCAAUUUUGAUAAAGAACUUAGGCGCUUUCUAAAAAACAGACGUUCAUUUGUCAGCUCUAUAAGGGAUUUAGCAGAUACCCUUGACGGACUGAGUGAAAAUGCACUUCGGUCAUGUAUUGAAGAGAUACAACUAACUACAGUGCGAGAUGAGGUUGAUAAGGUAUCGAUGUUCAGAACAAAGAUAGAGGAAUCUCAAAAGAUCCUAGAUGAAGACAUGAAGAUUAUGAAAAGAGUUGAUGAAACGCUAAGUAAUCUUUCAAGUGCUGUCGAGAACCUCAACCAAUCAAACUCCUGCCUUGGUUCAAAAGACCAGAUUCUCUGUUCCUUGCUUGUGGCUGAUACAUUUGCAAAUAAGGAGGAUUCUUCAUUCGAGUCUGCGUCAGUUGUGUGCACUAUGUUAUGUAAUGGAGAAGUAAGAACAUCAGGAGUUAAAGCGUUGAGCGAGAAUUUUCAACUAAAGAUAACUUCUAGCCUUUUGCCUAAAAUCACAGACAUCUUUGAUGGAGGUAUUGCUACCAAAGCUACAGAUGUCAUAGCUACGAUAUGCGGUAGAACAACAGAGGAAUCUGCGUCUUCAAAACUUUCCUGUGUUAUUUGUGAACUCGUAGCUUCUGUGCGCUUAGGUGGAUCUAAAUCUGAGAUUACCAAGCUGGUUCGAGACCUUGCUGAAGGAUAUGAAAAGCAAAUGCAAGAAAUAGAAAAAUUUCUUGCACAUUUAUUGUCACUUGCUGAAGAGAUGGAGGUAAUUCUAAAGAAACAGUUCCAGGAGCUACUUGAAUCUAUUUCCGAGAAGAUUGAAUCCAGUACUGAAGAUUUGCCUAAGGAAAAGGUCUAUAUCAGCAAUAUUGAAUGCGCUGACUGGAAGAGCAGCCAUGAAGUAGAAGGCAUAAGUGAAAUGAACGAAUAUUUCAUCGCCCAAGGUACCAAAGAUGACGACUUCGAGAAAGCUGCAAACGAAGCCCGCAGGCUUAUAAAAGAAGUUAAUUUUUAUGUCAAAAAAAGACAGUCAACGCUGGAUGUUCUCGACGAGAUCGCAGACGAGUUAGAAGCAUUGAGCGACAAUGUUAGCGUGACAAGCCUUACCCUUACAGAAACAAGGGAGGUGAUGAGUGAAGAUGAGAUGGCGACAUUGAAAGAGAAGGCGAAACAAGCCCAAACCAAUUUAGACGCCGACAAACAGUUAUUGUCAACCAUCGAUCACAUUUAUGCAACUCUAAAGGAGCAUGCUGCAAAUCUCAGUCGUUCGACACCUGAUCUUGGUCACAAAGAAAGAAUUAUGUCUUCAUUACUUGUUGCCGAUAUGUUUUCACAAUUGUCCACGACAGAAAAUAGUUCCAAUAAAUCCACAACAAAUGUUUGCACUUUAGCAUUGAGUGAUAUAUCAACAGCCGAAAAAGCUGGCAACGAAAGCGAAAGUGGCAUGGAAAAGAUAGUUUCUACCUGUACACCGGUGAUGCUAGAAGCGUUUAAUCAUAGCGUGUUGGAGAAAUCCCACAACGUCUUAGCAACCUUUGUACGUCCUGAUUCCCAAGAGAAAUCUUCUGCCAGUGAACUUUCCUAUGACAUUUAUAAGUUAGUUCAUACGUUGGUAGACUUGAAUGAUCGCGCCAAUGCUAAAGCAGCCGGAACACUUCGUGAAAUAGUACAGCAAUAUAAAGAACAACUGUUGAAAAUGGCAGAGUUUCUGCAGCUGAUUUCGACUCUGGCGGAAAAGUUGGAAUCGAUCCUUAAACAGCAGUUUCAGAAUUUGCUCGAGGCUAUUUCUGCUGCAAAUAAAGUAGGGGAAACGGAAGCUAAAAAUUUUCAUGAAUAUUUACGUUUACCUGGCUGUACCAACGAUGGCUGGUUGGAUGUAUACGAUCGUCAUGUAGAAUCACCCCAAGCUUUCUCAUUUCAUGUAAGUCAAAUCUUUAAAUUCUUGAAAGAAAAAAUUGAAGAAGACAACCAUCGUGAAAAAAUGGAAACAGACGAUAAUGAAAGCGAAGAAAACCACGACGACGUGAUGGAUUUAACAUUCGUUGCACAUGGCCAUAUCAAAUACCCACAACGUCCUUGCAAACUUUAUUACUUGAAUAAAUACAUCAAAUCUGUAAUAUUAUAUGUACCUUGGGGCUGCCGCCUUCACGCAACGGCUGCUUGGGGAAUAGCAACAGGAACGAUAGCACCAGAAAAUGUUACAUACACUCCUGAUAAGAUCUCUCGUACUUCCAGACCUGUGGUUCUUCCAGACCCUCCAGACGAAUGGAAUGAACUCUCUCGUCUUGACUCCGGCACUUUUAUUCCAGAUGUGGUAUUCACUCCCGUUCGAACAGACGAAGAUGUUUAUAAAGCACUGGUACAUAUUUCCAGUAGGUGUGGUAGUUCUUUUUCUGGUCUUGUUGUACCAUAUUUCCAGAUAACUGGGGGACAACUACUUCCUGAAGUACAGCUAUGGGCUUUGUGUGCGUCUGUCGGCAUUUCGUUAUGGAUCCUGAAUCGUGAAAAGAACAAACCGGCUGUAAAAUACAGAAUCCGUAUAGCUUCUUGUUUGUAUCCUAGCCCGUUUCCAAAUUUUCCAGAUGAUAUGAAUCCAGAUGAUGUCAACCCAGAUGAUAUCAAUCCAGAUGUUAGACAUCUGUUAACCUAUCAGAACCUCAACCGGCAGAGCGUCAAGGUCCUAACUGUAAACUGUGGGAAUUACGGAGUUGUUCCAAUUUUACCUCGUACCACUAUGGCAAUGAAACUCCUUGAUGAUUCCAACACCCUUGUAACCGACGAGGAUCUGCAAAGACAUAUCAGAAUUGUUAAUGCAGCACUAGGAGUAGAAACUCACGAAUUUGUUAACACUUCCCGUGACGACUACAAAGUUUGGUGGCUUGUUCAUUUUGUUAUUCUUCUUUUUGCUCUUCUUAUACCAUUUUUGUGGUUACUCCGUCUAUAAGACGGGUAACCACUUUGUUAUCGGUUUGUAAGUCCGUAAGUAACACUAUCACGUGAUUUGAAGGUCUAAAUACAACUCAAACUCCAUCCCC